UUGAACAUGCGUGAUUAACCUUCCUAAAUAGAAGAAGGGAAACGGGGGGUCGAAAAAAGACAAACCCUCAGCAGAGCUCUUCGCAUAAGGAGCGAGCGCAUUUAUUUGUUCUAGGUGACCCACCCCCUGGUGUUUCAUACUAAGCCUCAUUUGUGGCUUGGCAUGUCGAUAGUGACAGUACAGCUGGGGCAGUGUGGCAACCAGAUUGGCUUUGAAGUGUUUGAUGCUUUAUUUAGAGACUCACACUGUUCCCAGGGACUCUGUUCUAAGAGAGAAAACGAGGCAUAUCAAGCCUCCUGCAGAGAAAGAUUUUUCAGAGAGGAAGAAAAUGGAGUUCCAGUUGCCCGGGCUGUUCUUGUUGACAUGGAACCUAAAGUUAUUAAUCAAACACUAUCAAAAGCUGCCCAGUCUGGCCGAUGGAAUUACGGUCAGCACACGAGCUUUUGUCAGAAACAAGGAUCUGGGAACAACUGGGCAUACGGUUACUCUGUGCAUGGACCGAAGCAUGAAGAAUCUAUAAUGAACUUAAUCCAAACAGAAGUGGAGAAAUGUGACUCUUUGAGUGGGUUUUUCAUCAUAAUGAGUAUGGCCGGAGGGACAGGAUCAGGGCUGGGAGCCUUCAUUACACAGAAGCUACAAGAUCAGUACUCCAGUUCCUUGAAAAUGAACCAGAUUAUAUGGCCUUAUGGAACGGGUGAGGUUAUUGUGCAGAACUACAACUCCAUCUUGACUCUCUCUCACUUGUACCGGUCUUCAGAUGCCCUUCUCAUUCACGAGAAUGACGCCGUCCAUAAGAUCUGUGCCAAACGGAUGAACAUCAAGCAGAUCUCCUUCAGAGACUUAAAUCAAGUUCUUGCCCACCAGCUGGGGAGCAUGUUCCAGCCUACAUACUCUGAGGGCAGCUCACUUCACUACCGCAGAAAUCCACUAGGAGACUUAAUGGAGCAUUUAGUUCCCCACCCUGAAUUUAAGAUGUUGGGAGUCCGUAACAUUCCUCAGAUGUCUGCGGAGUCUCUGGCGUACAGCGCGUUUACCUGGGCUGGCCUCCUCAAGCAUUUAAGACAGAUGCUUAUUUCCAGUGCAAAAAUGGAAGAAGGUAUCAACUGGCAGGUGCGGCCUCCUUUGUCAGGUCUUCCGCCAAUUGGCAAAGCGUCUGCCCGAAAGGAGCCUCAUUUUAACACUUCUCUUGCUAACGUGGUCAUCCUCCGAGGGAGAGAGGUGCACAGUGCAGAUGUAGAGGGAUUUAAAGACCCAGCUCUCUACACUUCCUGGUUGGAGCCUGUUGAUGCUUUCAGCUUGUGGAAAACCCAGCGAGCCUUUGACAAGUAUGAGAAGUCUGCAGCCCUGGUCAGCAACAGCCAGCUCUUAGUAAAGCCACUGGAUAUGAUUGUGGGGAAGGCAUGGAAUAUGUUCUCAUCCAAAGCCUACAUCCAUCAGUACACAAAAUUUGGAAUGGAAGAAGAAGACUUUUUGGACAGCUUUACAUUGUUGGAACAAGUUGUUGCCAGCUAUGGUAGUCUUUGACCCUAAGCCAAGAGGAAUAGCUCUUUGCAGGAUUUUUGGACUAAAAUAUUUUCAAAAUCGAGCUGUGCCCAGUGGAGCCUGUGAUCAAGCUCUGCAAUCAGGAGGGUCAGGGGCUCAAGGCCAUCCUUGACUACAUUGAAAGUUCCAGGCCAACCUGGAUGACAUGAGACCCUGUCUCAGACUAGAUAGAUACAUACAAAUAUUUGCUUUCAGGUUCAGUCUGUUAAGUAAUAAAGUAGAAUGCUGAUUCUAGUUUAGGUACUCUGUCCACAGACAUGAAGAAAACACUUCCAGUGGAGUGGAGUGUAUUUUCAAUGAAAACAUGUAUUAAGUAUUUCAUUUAUAAGAAAAAAAAAGCAAUGCUACUAUAAAGA